CGAAGGAUCAGAAAGUUUCCAGCUUAUGCCUUUAAUUGCUUAGGAUGCGUUUCUGCAGGAUGGUAGCAUCGGUAUUGGACCCGCCUCGUCACAAUCGACGCCCAAUCAAGUAUUAUCUUAUGCCCUUUGCCUCAGCUCCAGAAUGUAGUAACCACGUAAUCAAGUACGGUCGGUCGCAAACCUACGGAAUAUAUCUCAGGUACCGUCUCUGGAUCACCAAAACCGAGAAACAGCAGAGGCCAUCGUCUUAGUCUCUUCAUCACGAUUGCGAAAAGAUCAACUACUGAAAAAUGGCUUCUCCACUGAUGGAAUAUAUGCCGCGGUCACAGCGACUAAAAUCCCCAGGAGAUGAACGUCUUCUUCUUCGUGCUUCCUCCCGUGAGAACAGUCACGAGGGUAGUCGAGAUUCUUCUGUUCACCUAGAAAGCUCCAGAAAGAGGAUUGCUGAGCGCACUACCAUCGGCGGGAUCAAUAUGAUUGAGAUACGGUCAAAGUACCUUCUCGAUGCCAUUAAAAAAGUUAAUAAACAUCCGCCGCUACAACCAACCAAAGAUUAUUUCACUGAGCAGGCGCCCUAUCCUACACUCUUCCAUCAUAUGGAUGAUGUUAAGAGAGAAAUCGCUCAGAUGAACAGUGAAGAAGCAGAUGACCAUCUAAAGAUACUACAUAGCGCCAUCGACUAUAUAGAUCCCAUCUGGAACGAGCGACGUGAAGAAAAUUUCACAAACGACUUGGUGAGCUAUGGUAUGAUAUGGAAAUUAUUUCGCCCUGGUGAUCUUGUUCUCCGAAAGGAUGACAUUGGUAACCUGUGGCUCUUUGUUUUGAUCAAGACUGCCUACUCUAUGUUUCAGAGUAAGGAAGAAGAGAAGAAGAAAGUGAUUUUCGAAACUUGGUACUUGACUUGGAAGAAGUUGAUAGCUAUCUUACCAGGAAGUACACUGUGUUUAGUUGCAGCGAAUUUUCUGGUCAACGGCAGAUCAAAUCGCUUCCUGUUUAUCCAAUUCGGUAUCAAAAAGACAUAAGAGGAGAAAAUAUCGAAGGAAAUUUUGCUAAAAGGGGCAGGAAAUGGUGGGAGCUCAUUGCUGCGUCACCGAUCUGCCAACAUCAUUAUGGGCUUGCAUUUUUUCAAGACCUUAUGCGCGGAAAAAGUGAAAAAAUUCGGGUAUG